AAUUUGAACUGGAGGUCAAAAGUCAUUCAAAUCCCACUUGAUCAUCAUAAUCAUCAUGUUGGCUCCUCCAGUUGCUAAGGAAGUUGUAUACAGACCAUCUGCUAGUCUAAUUCUGGCCGCUCAAGAUGAUUCUAGCAAAGCAUAUGACUUUAACUUGCUUCUCAUCAAACGCUCUGAGCGGACUUCAUAUACUCUGAAUCAUUGUGUCUUUCCUGGUGGUGGUUUUGAUGUUGAAUCAGAUGAAUCUUCGGAUUGGUUGAAUUAUUUUCAGUCCUUUGGUAUAAACCAAGAUCACUUGACGCAAUUGAGAUGCAAAGAUCAGGUCUCUGGUAGGCCAAAUUUAAUGACUGAUGGGAAAAAUUUUUCUAGAGAUAUUUCUCUUAGGAUAACUGCAUUGCGAGAAGCCUUUGAGGAAGUGGGAAUAUUGCUAUGUCGACAUAGGGAUAACCUAUGGCAUGGAUCCCCAUCACUUGUCCAUCCAGUAGAGCACGCGGAAUGGCAGCAAAAAGUUCACAAUGAUGCUAGUCAAUUUCUGGAAUUGUGUAGGCACUUGGAUGUUCUACCCGAUCUAUGGUUAUUACACGAGUGGUCCAUUUGGCGUUCAGGUGCAACUUCUAGUCGAAAGUUUGACACUGUCUACUAUAUAGCCGUUUUGGAAACACCAGCAAGUCAAGUGGAAUUGCUUCUCGAACCCCAAGAAGUCAUCUCUGCCCAUUGGUUAAAUCCUAGCGAAGCUUGGUCAAGUUAUCGGGAGAAAUGUAUUUGGUUACCCUUUAUAUUGAUGUACGAAAUUGGCAAACUAAUGAAUUUUCACCAGGCCAAAGAUCUUCUUAAUUUUGCAAGUAAACGCAAUGCUUUAGGCUCUACGCUAAUUCAACCGAUUUUUUAUAGUUGCGAUGAUGGUAUGCUUGGUGUGUUUGCUGGAGAUGAUCUCUAUUUGCCAGAUCCGGACAAAUACACGAAAAGUAUUAUUCUGAAGGGAUCUUUAAGGGAUUACAAUCGACAGGCUAAAAAUUAUAAUCGUAUGAUAUUCCAAGAUUUUCAUGAAGUGAAAUUGGCUUCAAAUGUUGCACCUUUAGAUGGACAUCUUUCACUCCAGUCGGAGGUCAAUUAUCAAUUGGCAAAAUUAUAAAAGUUCUUCAAUGUUAAAUAAAAUAUGUAUAUUUUUGUUUAUGUUUUAUAA